UCCGAAAAAUAUCUCGCGUUGGUCCCGCAAUCCUCUUGUGACGUUUCACCGAGUACCGUUAUGCUGUUAUCAGUAUGUCGCGAUCGAUGACGAUUUGAAAACCAUCCGAGCACCACGAAAUGUCCGGGGUCUACCGAAAUGUUCGUGUCUUGUAGGAUUCGACAGCCUACUUAGUAGCCGACUCAUACCUACACGUGACGACCGUCAAGCAACGUUGAUUAGCCGAGGUGCGCAAACCAUGGCAAGAGCGUCAUCACCCGCAAAAACCGCUGUCCCUCCGUCGACAAUGGACAAGACCAAAAGAGAUUCAUCAUGGUGGAUAUUGCUUAUAGUAGUAACUAUUAUUUCAUUUGGAACCCGAUUAUAUAAAGUGAAAGAGCCAGAUCACGUUUGUUGGGAUGAAACACAUUUUGGAAAAAUGGGUAGUUGGUACAUAAAUAGAACAUUUUUUUUUGAUGUACAUCCUCCACUGGGUAAAAUGUUGAUUGCUUUAUCUGGAGUUUUAACAGGAUAUAAUGGUAGCUUUCCAUUUGAAAAACCUGGUGACAAAUAUGAAGGCGUCAAUUAUGUUGGAAUGAGAGAGUUUUGCUCAAUUUUAGGUGGAGCAUUAAUACCAUUUACUUUUAUUUCUAUUUGGGAAAUGACACAUUCAUUAAAUGCUGCAACUUUAUCAUCAACUUUAGUUUUAUUCGAUGUUGGAACAUUAACAUUAACUCAAUAUAUUUUACUGGACCCUAUACUAUUGUUCUUCAUGUUGGCAUCAUUUGUUGGAAUUUGCAAGUUUCGAUCUCUAACAGCAUCUGACUUCAGUGUUAACUGGUGGUUUUGGUUAAUAUUUACUGGUGUAACCAUGGCCUGCUGUGUGAGUGUUAAAUUUGUUGGAUUAUUUCAAGUAACUUUUAUUGGAUUGAUGACAAUAGCUGAUAUAUGGUUUAUACUUGGAAAACUUUCAAAACCUAUUAGCUACACAGUGAAACAUUUUGUUGCAAGAUUUAUUUGUCUCAUUAUCUUACCAAUAACAGUGUAUGUAGGAUUUUUUUAUGUACACCUUGUUAUACUCAAUAAAAGUGGUAAUGGUGAUGGAUUCUAUAGUUCGGCUUUUCAAUCAAAAUUGCAAGGGAAUUCCCUGCAUAACGCUAGUAUGCCAAAAGAUGUAGCAUUUGGAGCAAUAGUAACUUUAAAAAAUCAUAGAACUGGUGGCGGAUAUUUACAUUCACAUUGGCAUCUUUAUCCAGAAAAUGUUGGUGCCAGGCAACAACAAAUAACUACCUAUGCACACAAAGAUGAAAACAAUCGGUGGUUGGUUAAACUUUACAAUAAUGAUGAACAGUUAAAUGAUACUGUAAGAUUUGUAAAACAUGGAGAUAUGAUUAGACUAGAACAUGUUCCAACUAGACGAAAUUUGCAUUCACAUCGUGAACCGGCUCCAAUAACAAAAAAACAUUAUCAAGUUACUGGUUAUGGAGAGAAUGGUACUGGUGAUUACAAUGAUGUAUGGAGAGUGUUUGUUGAUGGUGGUAUAGAUGGUUCUUUGGUUUCAGCUGUAAUUAGUAAAAUUAAAUUAGUUCAUGUUCUUCAGCAUUGUGUACUGACUACAAGCAAUAAACAAUUACCGAAAUGGGCAUUUGAACAGCAUGAGGUUACAUGUAGUCCAAAUCUGAGAGACACAAAUUCUUUUUGGAAUGUUGAGGAUAAUAUAAAUCCAAAACUCCCAAAUGUCAGUUUUGAAGUAUAUUCUCCAAAUUUCUUUGCCAGAUUUAUUGAAUCUCAUGCUGUAAUGUUUCAAGGAAAUGCUGGUUUAAAACCCAAAGAAGGAGAAGUUACAUCUAAACCAUGGCAAUGGCCUAUUAACUAUAAGGGACAAUUCUUUUCUGGUAACAAUUAUAAAAUUUAUUUGCUUGGAAAUCCAGUUAUAUGGUGGGGAAAUAUAUUUUUUAUGGUGCUAUUUAAUUGUAUUUCAAUUUAUAGAGCUAUUGUAAAUAAACGCAGGAAUAGUGAAAAUACUGCUGUUGAGGACUCUGAUAAAAUAUUAUUGACCACUAGUAAUUGGUUAUUUAUUGGAUGGUGUUUGCACUAUAUACCAUUUUAUGCUAUGGGAAGAGUCUUGUACUUUCAUCACUAUUUUUCAGCCUUUUUGUAUAGUUCAAUGUUAACAGGCGUUACAAUCAGCUACUUAUUACAAACUAUUAAGACUUCCAGACCAACCCUUUUACGGAAAACUAUUUAUGAUGUGCUUAUGGGAAUUAUAUACUCAACAGUUGUUUAUAGUUUUUAUUUAUAUUCUCCUCUUGCUUACGGUAUGUCAGGACCAUUAUCGACUGAACAAAACAGUACAAUGUUUGGAUUACGUUGGCUUGAUUCAUGGGAAUUCUAGAACAAUGCUACUUACACAAGACUGCAACUUUUUUAAUAUACUUAAUUUAUAUUUAUUGUAAACCUACAAUUUUUUAACAGUAUUAUUUUU